AUGGUGGUGACGGCUCAUUUUAUCGACUCGGAUUUCCAUUUACACAAGAGGGUGCUCAACUUUUGUAAGAUUACUUCUCAUAAGGAUGAAGACAUAGGAAGGUGUCUCGAAGAGAAGUUGGUCGAAUGGGGCAUAAGUAAGGUGUUUACCGUUACCGUUGACAAUGCGAGCUCCAAUGAUGUGGCCGUGGAGUAUUUGAAGAAGCAACUCCGGAAGCAUGAUAGUGAUAGUCUUAUGCUUGAUGAAAACUUGCAUAUGAGGUGUGCUUAUCACAUAAUUAACUUUAUUGUGAAGGAUGGAAUGAAAGAGUUAGUAGAUUCCAUUGAAGCCAUCCGAAAUUGUGUGAAGUACAUUCAUUCUUCAAGUGCGAGGUUGGAUAAGUUUCGGGAGUAUGCGGUUUUAGAGAAGAAGGACAAAAUGUCCACUAUCCCGAUGGAUGUUGUGACUCGGUGGAAUGCCACAUAUAUCAUGCUUCAUGGUGUUUACAAGUUUAAAGUUGUAUUUGCAAGGAUGGUGGAAGAAUUUACGCCAUUUAAGACAUACAUUGAAGAUGGAAGAGUGGGGCCUCCGACGGAUGAAGAUUGGGAAAAGGCUAUGGGAUUUGCACAUUUUCUCAAGAAGUUCUAUGAUGCCACCAUCAAGCUUAGUGCCACCAAGACUCCGACCUCGCAUCUUGUUCUAAAAAUCUUGAUAAACUUGAAGAUUGAGAUUGAGGCUAGAAUUAGAGAUAAGAAAAAUAUUGUGUUGUAA